ACGCGGACCGGCAACUUUGCAAAAGUCGGACGUGUGGCCGAUGAACAUGAUGGACCUGUCGCGCCAGUCGUCCCAGGGAGGGCAGAGCCCACCGGUGGGCGGCCCCGGGAGCGGUCUCGGGUCGGAGCAGCUGUAUCACCUCGUGCUGGAGCUCUCGGUGCCCGAGCAGCGCGAGAGCGCGCUCUUGGAGCUGAGCAAGAAGCGCGAAGAGUUUCCGGAGCUGGCGCCGAUCCUGUGGCACUCGUUUGGCACGGUCGCCGCGCUCCUCCAAGAGAUCAUCUCGAUCUACCCGCUGCUGUCGCCGCCGCAGCUCACGGCGCACGCCUCGAACCGCGUCUGCAACGCGCUCGCGCUCCUCCAGUGCGUCGCGUCGCACGCCGAGACGCGGACGCAUUUUCUGAACGCGCACAUCCCGCUGUACUUGUACCCGUUCCUCAACACUGUGAGCAAGAACCGCCCGUUCGAGUACCUCCGGCUCACGUCGCUCGGCGUCAUUGGCGCGCUCGUCAAGAUCGACGACACGGACGUCAUCAACUUUCUCCUCCAGACCGAGAUCAUUCCGCUCUGUUUGCGCAUCAUGGAGGCGGGCAGCGAGCUCUCCAAGACCGUUGCGACCUUUAUCGUGCAAAAGAUCCUGCUCGACGAGAUGGGCCUCACGUACAUUUGCCACACGCCCGAGCGCUUCUACGCCGUCGGGUCGGUCCUCUCCAAGAUGGUCACGACGCUCGUCGAGACGCCGUCGACGCGGCUCCUCAAGCACAUCAUCCGCUGCUACCUCCGGCUCUCGGACAAUGCGCGCGCCAAGGAGGCGCUGCGCCAAUGCCUCCCCGAAGUGCUCCAGAACCACACGUUUGACGAUGUGCUCAAGGAAGACUUGACGACGAGCCGCUGGCUCGCGCAGCUGCUCUACAACCUCAGCGACAACAGCAACCCCGUGGGCGCCAACUCGUUUGCCAACAUGGCCAACCAGCGCUAGACUCUCGACUACUGCCUUCAAUCCAAAAGUAACACCCAACUACAAUACACUGCCCCUUAAGACGC